AUGAGGAGGUUUGCGAACAUCAAAAUCAAAGAGUUGGUCUCUAAAGGAUUAUAUGAUCAAACCCUUCAACUUUACAAAGACGAGCUCCACUGUUAUGGCCUCCACGCAGACACCUCCAUCCUUCCUUCAAUCAUCAAAGCAUGCGGGCACCUGCAUGGGCUUCCACUUCACUGCAUGGCUCUCAAGUCAGGCUCCACCUCAGACCCCGUUGUAUCCAAUUCUCUCAUUUCCAUGUAUGCCAAACUUGCACUUGUUGGAGCUGCACGCCAGGUGUUUGAUGAAAUGCCUGAAAGAGACACCAUCACCUGGAAUUCCGUCAUAAAUUGCUAUGUACAAAAUGGGAAUCUUGCAAAAGCAAUUGAUGUGCUUAAACAAAUGCAUUUCAAUGGUUUUACACUGAAACCGGAGUUGAUUGCCAGCAUCGUAUCAGUUUGUGCGAGGACGAGAAAGUAUAGACAAGGAAGACAGAUUCAUGGCCUGGUUGUCGUUGAUGACAAGAUUAAUGAGGAGUCGGUGUUCUUGUCAACGGCUCUUCUUGAUUUGUAUAUGAGGUGUAACCAAACUUUGACGGCCUUCUAUGUUUUCUAUAACAUGCAAGUAAAAAAUGGAGUCUCUUGGACUGCCAUGAUUUCGGGAUGCAUUGCUAAUCAAUGUUAUGGAAUGGCAAUGAAUUGCUUCCGGGAAAUGCAGGUUCAAGGAUUGAAACCCAAUCGAGUGACUGUGCUUGCCAUUUUACCAGCUUGUGCCGAGUUGGGAGACAUUGGACAUGGGAAAGAAAUCCAUGCCUACACUUAUCGUCAUGGGUUUGAAUCAGACCCUCAUUGCUCAGCAGCUCUCAUACACAUGUACUGCAAACGUGGGAACGAAAUGCGUCCUGCCGAGCUAAUUUUUGAGAAGGUAUCUCUUAAAGAUGUUGUUAUGUGGAGUUCAAUGAUUGGGAGUUAUUCUCAGUGUGGUGAUAGCGUGAAGGCUCUACAACUUUUUAGCCGAAUGCGAGCUGGAGGAAUUGAUCCAAACUCUGUAACGUUACUGGCCAUCAUCUCCACUUGCACUUCACUUUCUUCUCUACAGAUCGGAUGUGGAGUCCAUAGCUAUGUCUUAAAAUCUGGGUUAAAUUCUGACAUUUUCAUUGGGAAUGCACUCAUCAAUAUGUAUGCAAAGUGUGGUUGUCUCACGGAUUCGCAUAAAAUUUUCAAGGAGAUGCCAAGUAUAGAUUCUGUCUCGUGGAGCACAAUGGUUGAGAGCUUUGGCCGUCAUGGUCGUGGUAAUGAAGCUUUGAAACUCUUUCUUGAGAUGCAAGAUAGAGGGAUAGAGCCUGAUGCGGUCUCUUUCCUUUCAGUUUUAUCUGCAUGUAACCACGCUGGCCUGGUGGAAGAAGGCAAGAAGAUCUUUAAACAUAUGGUAGAAGAUAGUAAAGUAACUUUAUCUCUAGAGCAUUAUGCUUGCUAUAUUAAUCUUCUUGGAAAGUUUGGAGAGCUCGAAGAUGCUUGUGAGAUUGUAAGAUCAAUGCCCAUGAAACCAAGUAGUAGAAUUUGGAGUUCUUUGGUUACAGCCUGCAAGGUUCAUGGAAGCUUAGGAAUAGCAGAAUCUUUGGCUCAUCAUCUUGUUAGAAAGGAGCCUCAAAAUGCUGCUAACUAUACAUUACUGAGCAUGGUUUAUGCUGAAGCUGGUAACUGGUCUGGCGUGGAGGAGGCGAGGAGACUCAUGAGAGUACAUAGAUUACGGAAAUGCUAUGGAUUCAGUAGGAUUAGCUGA